AUGACAAGUGGUAAAAUACCUGAUGAUGCAAUCACGGCGUCAUCUUAUUAUUCCAGCGAUUACAAACCUGGCUAUGGAAGACUGAAAUGGGUAGGUUAUUGGUGCUCUUGGACACCCACUGCAGCAGGGAAAAUCGGCUCGUGGCUUCAGGUUGAUUUGGGACAACUCGCCACAGUGACAGGAAUAGCAACCCAGGGAACAUGCAUCAACCAAGAUUUUUUUUGGGCAGAGUCGUACUCGGUUUCAUACAGCAAUGAACCCAAUUUAUGGACAUCUUACAAAGAAUCAGGGAAUGUAAAGGUAAGUCAGCGCAUCAAUCUUGUACGGCGAAAUUUUACAAAACACGGAUGCAGAAAUUAAUAUAAAGGCCCGUUUACACUUGCAUUUUUUGCUGCGAUUUCUAUAAUGCGAUUUCUUCAGUCUUCUGAUGGAUGUGAACGAGCAGAUGUGUUACGAAUGUUCUGAGUAUGUGUACCUCAUCUGAACAUUCAUAACUUAUCCACUCGUUCACAUGCAUCAGAAGAAGAAAUCGCAGCAAAAAGUGCAAGUGUAAACGGGCCUUAAGUGCACAAAAAAUUGUCCACUUAGGCCUAGCUGUUCUGUGAAGCUCGCCAGAGUGGGAUGAAUUGUUGAAACCUCAUCUGACUUUUUGAUUUAGGUUUUUCAAGGAAACACCGAUCAAAGUUCCAUCGUAACACACUCAUUUAAACCUCCUAUUCGUGCUCGGUACAUUCGUGUGUUGCCAAAAUCCUGGAGCGAUUGGCCUACAACGAGGCUCGAGCUUUACGGUUGUCGCUACUAG